AUGGCGGGCCUUCAAACCAACGAGUUUGACACUCUUUUUUCUCAAUCUAGCAAGAAAAGAAACCGUGAACCAACGGAAAUUGAAGAAGAAGCAGCACUUGCCCUCUUGUUGCUAUCUCAGGACAAUAGGAGUUGGCACACUGGUCCAACCACCAGUGCCGCCGCCGAACUCAUAGAAGAUGUACUAAAUCCUGCCUCCAUCGUUGUCACUACCACUAGUGAAAGAGCAGGCGCUUUAGCCUCAACCGGCGAUGACAAGAAAUCAAUGGAACCCUUUUCUCCAACAAUUAUUGCUUCUCCGCUGGACCAGAAUAUGUCGUACAUUUACAGCGUGUGCAGCAAGUCCUUUUCAUCAUACCAAGCACUCGGUGGACACAAAACCAGCCACCGUGAUCGGUCUCAAUUCGCCACAACUACUGCAAUCGCCAACACCUCUAAUAUCUCUUAUAUCAGCCCAGGCGGCAGGAUUCACAAAUGCAAUGUCUGUAACAAGACUUUUACAACUGGCCAAGCUUUGGGUGGCCACAAGCGGAAGCACUAUGAAGACGUGAUGAAGGGCGGCAAGAAACCCGGUGUGUUCACAUCCAAAGGCGGCUCCUCCAGCCAAUGCACCAGCAAUGGGCGCACCACCGACGAUUUCAACUUGAACCUGCCCGCGUUACCUGAGACUUACUCAGAUUUUACGCUUUACUCUAGCGAGAGAAUCCAGGUUCGUAGCGAUGAACCAAAAGUAGAAAGUCCUACUUCUUUCAAGAAACAACGUUUGAAUGAAUGA